AUCCCUGCAUAAGCUAGCUUGAUGUCAAACGUCGUCGGAUAUUAGGUUACUUUUUUACAUUAACAUUACUGAAAAGGGCCGGGAAGCUGUUCCACGGUUGUUGGGAAGUGUUAAGCUGUGACGGACUGUAAAGAUGAAGUCUGUGUUUCUUGUCGAGGCUUUCUCUUUAGCUUGUUUUGUGCUACUGAGUCAAGUGACAGCGAAGAAUUCCGAAGACAUCCGCUGUAAAUGCAUCUGCCCGCCGUACAGAGAUGUGGAGGGGCAAAUCUACAAGCAAAAUGUUUCUCUUAAAGACUGUAACUGUCUCCACGUAGUUGAACCAAUGCCAGUUGAAGGAAAAGAUGUGGAGGCAUACUGUUUACGCUGCGAGUGUAAAUAUGAAGAAAGGAGCUCCGGGACCAUAAAGGUUACCAUCAUCAUGUACCUCUCCAUUCUGGGCAUGCUGCUGCUCUACAUGGUCUACCUGACUCUCCUGGAGCCCAUGUUGAAGAGGCGUCUGUUUGGACACUCGCAGCUCAUCCAGAGCGACGAUGACGUUGGGGACCAGCAGCCUUUUGCCAACGCUCACAAUGUUCUGUCCCGCUCACACUCUCGACCGAACAUGCUGAACAAAGUGGAGCACGCCCAGCAGCGCUGGAGGAGGCAGGUCCAGGAGCAGAGGAAGUCUGUGUUCGACCGCCAUGUUGUUCUCAGUUAAACUGCCCUGCGAGCAAACGAGUCACUGGUGGAGCAAAAAAACAAACAAACAAACAAACAAAAAAAGCACUGUGACGGAGCCCUCAGUUUAUAACGCUUUCUUUCUCUCAUUUGUGGUUUGUAUCUCGUCAGAUGUUUCACUCUUGAGGAGAACGUGGUGAAGUAAUCUGGAUCUGUAGAGCAGGAGUCCCCAGCAGGUGUUUAAUCAAAGCUGGUAGCUCUUAUUUAGUCUACAGGCUGCACAAGAGAUUACAGUGAAUUCCUUUUUGCACAAUCUUUAAUGAACAGUCUUAAAUGGCAUUUUUCCAAACGCAGAAUUUCCUCCCUGCCUGCAGUCGGGUUAGCAGAAGUGCCAAGUCACCAGAGAGAAUUUGCAAUUAAAAAAAAAUUUGAUGGCAGAGAGAGAGACUAAUAAAUGUGAGAUAAAAAUAAAUCUUUCGAGUGAAUAUUUUAUAACAUCCUCUAACUCCUCCUGGCCAAAGUGUCGGGCACUUUCAGUUUUUACGAGCCAAACUGGCUGUCAGAGUAAAACACCCAGAUGUUGGUUGGUCCCACUCAUCUCUGCUGUAGAACUGGACCAGUGAGGACCUGUUAACGUGUAGCUGGUGGCCAUUUUCCACCCCUAAACUAAUAUAACUUGGAACUACUGCUCUCACCACGGGAUAAAAGGAAGAAGUGUAAAAUAUAAAGCCUUCUUUGAAAAUGCAUGUUUUAUAAUAGCUCUUUUAUAAAUGUCUUUUCAGUUUUUCAUUCCUUCCACGUUGUUACACAUUGUCUGAUUACUGAUGUGAAAUCCAUCAUUUAAUGCAUUGCAUUACAUUUUCAUGUUCCAAGUAGUUUCACUGAAAUCGAUGCAAUUUCCUGGUGAUGUCAUAGUGAACUUAGCUGUGCUUUUGAUCCUCAUCUGUUGAAAUCAGUGCCCUCCUCGACUGCCUAAACCAAUCUGUUGUCUUUCAUUCUGGCACUCCUGUGCGCUAACUUCAGUUACAUUAUGAAGGUCCGUGUUGUCUUUAGUAUGACAGAGCGAUGUUAUUGAGUUACAGAGUUUAUUUUGUGUACAUUGGGCAGAGUGGAUGAAGAGCCACUGUUGGGUGACCUAUGAAAGUGUUCUUAACUAUUGUAUAUGUGGUACCUUUAACUUUGAAAUAAAUUUAUGUAAUAUUUGUGAUUCUU